UCCACCUUGGGCCUUGACGCAUGCGUACAGCUUACCACACCUGGUUCGGCUCCCCUCUUUCUUCGCCUGAGGCGUCGGUUGGACCCACGGGCGGGGCGUGAUGGUGGUGGGUACGGGCACCUCGCUGGCGCUUUCCUCCCUCCUGUCCCUGCUGCUCUUCGCUGGGAUGCAGAUGUAUAGUCGCCAGCUGGCCUCCACCGAGUGGCUCACCAUCCAGGGGGGCCUGCUGGGCUCCGGCCUUUUCGUCUUUUCCCUCACUGCCUUCAAUAAUCUAGAGAAUCUUGUCUUUGGCAAAGGAUUCCAAGCAAAGAUCUUCCCUGAAAUUCUCCUCUGUCUCCUGUUGGCUCUGUUUGCAUCUGGCCUCAUCCACCGAGUGUGUGUCACCACCUGCUUUAUCUUCUCCAUGGUUGGUCUGUACUACAUCAACAAAAUCUCCUCCACUCUGUACCAGGCAACAGCUCCAGUGCUCACACCAGCCAAAGUCACGGGCAAGGGCAAGAAGAGAAACUAACUCAGAAUGUCCAAUAAAGUCGAUUCUUUGUA